UUAAGAUCGAAGAUGUCCGAGAAGAGAUAUCCAUCGGUGAACAUCGAAUGCUCAUUAUGCUCGCUGAACAACCUGAACACACCUGAGAAUUUGUGUGCACACAUGAAGCAACGACACGGCAUGCAUUCGGCAACGGUUCAGUAUAUACGUUUCAAUGACCCGCUAUCGUUUCAGUUUGCACCAAUUCCGAGAAUCAUAUUCGUCAGAGUUACAUGA